UUCCCAAUAUAACCUCAGCACCCAGCCAGCUGGAAGGGCCCGGUCAGCGGCCUUCUGUCUGGGCUGCUGGGGUGGGGACAGGCCGACCCUCUCUGCUCCCUUUUAUUUUGUGUUUACAAGUCGAUUAAAUGGACACAGUGAAGAAAGGUGACGAUCGGGAAGUGGAGAUUUAUCUGGGGGACUCCAGUGACCCUGAAGAGUCUGAAGAUGAGGAGGAACCGCAGACGUUAUGGAGAGCCCAGCCUUCUGUGGACGAGGAGGAAGACAUUCAUACGUCCACACUAGUGGAAAUCAGUGAUACUAAACCUCUGAUUAAUUCAAGGGACCCCCGAGGUAUCAAUGCCUGCCUCAAGGUGGAAUUUGAGGACGUGAUAGCUGAGCCGCCAUCGGUGCGCAGCGGGGACAGAGUAUGGAUCUGGAGCAACGCCCUCUUUGAAGUGUCCAGGGUCUGGAUAUAUAGGAUAGUCACGGUGCUUCUGGCCAUUCCCAUGUCAGUUAUCUCUGGUCUUCUUUUUGCCGUCCUGAACUGCUUCCACAUUUGGACGGUUCGUCCCUGUAUCCAUUGUGUCCUCAUCGGGACUCGCUGGCUACAGAGUUUCUGGAGCAUCGUGCUGCAUGUCACUGUGGUCCCAUUGAUGACAAGUGCAGGAAGUUGUGGAGGUUUAGGUAUACAUCUGUCAAAAGGAAUGACACGAGAGGCACAUUUCAGACUUGGAACGCGUCGAUGA